AUGACUAGCGAAUAUUGUGUUCUACCCAAGAAGCGGAAAAUCUUGAUCGUGUACAUCGCCACAUUAGCAGGCUCAUUGGGCCCCAUCGCCGGCAACAUCUACGUGCCCAUCCUUCCACAACUAGAAAAUGUCUUUGCGGCAUCACGAUCAGCCAUUGCCGGAACAGUCUCGGUGUUUAUGGCGGUAUUUGCAUUUUGUCCCUUGAUAUGGGCAUCGUGGGCCGACUAUGGCGGGCGCAAGUUUUUGUACAUUUUGCCCUUGUCCUUUUUCAUCAUUGCCAAUGUCUUGUUGGCGUCGGUGCCAGCCAACUUGGUCUCGCUAUACAUUUUGCGCGUGGUGCAGGCGUUUGGCGCUAGCAGUGUCAUGUCUGUUGGAGCUGGCAUCAUUUCAGAUAUCAUUGAGCCGAAGCAUCGCGGCAAGGCCAUUUCGGUGUUUAUGUGGGGGCCGCAAUUGGGUCCCGUUUUGGGGCCCGUGUUGUCCUUGAUUGCCAUUGGCGACUGGCGAUGGGUCUUUGGGUUCUUGGCGUUGCUUGGCUUUGUGGUGUACUUGAUGAUUUUGUUUUUGUUGCCGGAAACAUUGAGGUUCUUGGUUGGCGAUGGCAGUUGUCUUGGGAAAGGGUACUUUGUUCAGCCGCGCAUCCAGGAAAAAGUCGUUGAAGGGUAUUCGCGGCCGCCUAAGCCUAGCCUCGUUGGAUACUGGGAACUUCUUAAGUAUCCGCCGGUGUUACUAUGCUCUAUCAAUUCGGGCAUCUUGUUUGCUACGUUUUACGGGGUCAUGGUCACUUUUGCCAGUGUGUUGCAGGACCAAUACCAUUUCACCGAUGUUGGAACUUGCUUGAGUUAUUUGUGCCCCGGCACCGCCUUGAUUAUAGGGUCGACGAUUGGCGGGUGGCUUUCGGAUCGACUCGCCCUGAGAGCUAAAAACUAUGUCCCCGAGCAUCGAUUCUCGAUUCAGAUUGCGGGGCUUUUGAUCUCAAUGACUGGUAUCCUCGGCUAUGCAUGGACAGUGGAGAAAAUGGCACCCGUGCACCCUGUUUUUGUCUUUACAUUUCUCGCGGGGUUUGGAAUGACGUGGGUGUUUGUCUCCACCACGACUUAUCUCACUGAAACAAGUCCGUCCCAGCCGAGUGCCAAUGUAGCGAUUGGGAACUUGAUGAGAAAUAUGGCUGCUGCAAUUUGCACUGCCAUUGUGGAUAUAUUGAUUGACAAGAUGGGGUUUGGUUGGUGCAUGACUGGAUUGGCGCUACUUGAUCUAAUUGGGAUAUGCUUUGUUGCCAUAUUGUUGAAAUGGGGCCCUAGAUGGAGGGCUAAAAAGACGGAGCCGUCUGAAUAA